AUGAAACUGAUGUUUGGGAUUCUGCCCAUCAAGGAGAACCCAUGCGCUUCUAUUUCUAGUGUCACUGUCGGUCUGUGUCUUCUCACCCUCCUCCUGAUGGCCCUCAGAGGCCGAAAGAGUCACCAACACACCUCCCAGUCGGACCACACUAAAUAUCCUCCUCCUCCUGGCCCCACACCAUGGCCCCUUGUCGGUAACCUGCUACAGAUGGGGGACCAGAUUCAUCUUUCUCUAACACGUCUGAGGCUCCAAUAUGGUGAUGUUUUCAAGAUACGUCUGGGCUCUUUGACUGUUGUGGUCCUGAGCGGAUACUCCACCAUCAGACAGGCAUUGGUCCGACAAGGGGAUGCUUUUGCAGGGCGGCCUGACCUUUUUACCUUUUCUGCUGUGGCCAACGGGACCAGUAUGACCUUCAGUGAGAAGUACGGACCGGCCUGGAUGCUCCAUAAGAAGCUGUGCAAGAACGCCCUCAGGUCUUUCUCCCAGACUGAGCCCAGGGGGUCUGGUGCCACCUGCCUGCUGGAGGAGCAUGUCUGUGCUGAGGCUGCUGAGAUGGUGGAGGUGCUUCGGGAGCAGGUUGCUGCUAAAAGGGAAAUGGGCCAAGAUGUGGCGGGCAUAGAUCCAGCGAUACCCUUGGUAACCUCAGUGGCAAAUGUUGUGUGUGCCCUCUGCUUUGGGAAAAGGUAUGACUACAAUGAUAAGGAGUUUCUCACUAUUGUCCACAUCAACAACGAGGUCCUGAGGAUCUUUGCAGCAGGGAAUCUGGCCGAUUUUUUCCCUGUGUUUCGCUACUUUCCGAGUCCAUCUCUGAGGAAGAUGGUGCAGCACAUUCAGAGGAUGAAUGGAUUCAUGGAGAGGAGCAUUGAGGAGCACAUCAACAUCUUUGAUAGGAACUGUAUCCGGGAUAUUACAGACGCUCUGAUUGCACUUUGUGAGGACAGGGAGGAAAAUAAGGAAACGUCUGUGCUCUCCAACUCUCAGAUCAUUCACACGGUUAUAGACAUCUUUGGAGCAGGAUUUGACACCAUCAUUGCUGGUUUACAGUGGAGCCUGUUGUACCUCAUCAAGUUUCCUGACGUCCAGGACAGAAUCCAGCAGGAGAUAGAUGACCACAUAGGCACAGCCAGACUGCCCAGGUUUUCAGAUAAGACUGAGAUGCCUUUCACGGAGGCGUUCAUAUAUGAAGUGUUUCGUCAUGCUUCCUACAUCCCUUUCACCAUACCUCACUGCACCACAAGAAACAUCACACUGAAUGGAUAUUUCAUUCCUAAAGACACAUGUGUCUUCAUCAACCAGUAUCAAGUCAAUCAUGAUGUUGAUCAAUGGGGUGACCCGGACACGUUUCGCCCUGAACGAUUCCUGGGUCCGUCAGGACUCCUCAACAAGGAGCUGACGGAGAAGGUUCUCAUCUUUGGCAUGGGGAAGAGACGCUGUCUCGGGGAUGGAUUUGCUCGGUUGGAGAUGUUUGUGUUUCUCACCACGCUGCUCCACGGGCUGCGGAUUGAAAAGGUCCCGGGGCAGGAGCUGGAUCUCAGCACUGACUUUGGUCUGACGAUGAAACCACGUCCAUACUGUAUCACCAUCUCCUCCAGGUUUUAGAUCUUCAAAACCCCAGAUUAUGCUCUGUGUGGACGUUUUGGAAUAUCACAAAUACUAAUUAUUUUGUAUUCGCCACUGUUUUUUGUCAAACCUUCAUCACACCUCAGAAAUACAACACCCCCCUUUGUUCAUAGAUUGGAAUGUUUGUCUCGGAAAAUGUGGUCAAAACAAUCAGCACAAAUAUGAACAACACAAAAUGAAGUAUACUAUACAUAUCAAUCUGUAUGUAAGACAUUGAAAAAUAGACAUUAAUGUCAUUUAAUAUAAACUAACUUCAUGUAUUGAACUCAAUAUUAGCCAGCUGAGGGUCAUUCCAAGUGCGUCUGUGCCUAUAUUCUGAAAGGGUGGGUAAAGUCCCUCUGCCUUCCUGUCCCACCACAUUAAAAAUGAAACUAGCUGAAAACAGACCCUCAUUAAAAGUCUUUAUCUUCAGAUAUUAGUUACAGUUAAACACUGAGGGAGGGAGAGAGAGGCUGUUUCAGAUUGAUGAUCAUCGCUCCAGGCCUCAAACUGUGUUCACGCAGGGUUCAUCCUCACCCUCACUCGCCCUCUUCUUCCCAUCCUCGCCUCCUCUCUUCCAUCUCCUCCUCAUCACUUGCAUUCCCUUUCAUCUGCUCAUCCCCUUCGUGUCCUCGUCUUGGUCCCUUCUUCAACCCCCAUCCCUUCAAUGGGUCCUCCUCCUUUUUAAUGUCGCUCGGAGGGACGCAGAGCCGAGCUAACUCGUCCCACUUCCAUAGUCUCCUCCAGUGGCUGCCUGGGGAAAAGUGUAGAAAAGUGUAUAUUAAGACAUUUUUAACCUCCUCCUCCUCCUCUCCCAUCAGCACUGUGACCUCCCACACACUCAGAUUAGAUACAGUCCCAGACGUCUUUGAGCGAAAUAAAGAGGACAGUGAAGCGUGAAAUUAGGCGGGUCUAUUUUCAUAAGAUAAAUGUAAAGAAGCAUAGCAGUUUGAACAAAUGGGGUUGUUGGGCACAAUCCUUGUGGCGAACUUUAUCCUUAAAAUGAAAGUUUGAAAGUUACGUCCACAGCAACUCUGUUUUAAACUUUUGGGGAAGUCUACUGAGCGUUUUUAUACUUUUCCAACAGAUUCAUACCUGUAAACUGACAAAGGCCUUAAGACCACUCAAGCAACAGUCUGUCCCAAGGAUUCAAACUGGCAACCCUCUUAUCUCCACUAGCCUCUAUAGCCAGGAAAAGGUGUUAAAUUGACUAAAAUUGUCUAAGAUUUCAAAAGUAACAAUAAAAGGAAUAAUUGGAUGCUUGACCUUUAAAGUUCAGAGUGACCAUUUGACAACAGCUGGCAGUACUCAGAUGAAUUUGCUGUAGAACAAUAAUUUCAUGUUUAUAGACUCUGUUUAUGGGUGUUUGAAUGAGAGGGAGUAGAGAUGUAAAUUCAAGACUUUUCCUUCUUGUUUUUAACACAUUCAUUGCAAGGACCAAUUGAUUUGUUGUGUGCUAUCAUAACUGUCAGAGCUAUUCAAUUAUUUAUUACUGCAAACAUGUUGAAUGACCUCUUGACAGGAUGAACUCAGAGCAAUAAUUCUCACAUCAACUGCUUCUCCUCAUUAUAGUUGAUAAUGACAAGAGACUUUUAUUAUGUAUAUUUUAAAGGGGAAACUACUUAAAAUGAGUGAAAUUAAUGGAAAUCAUAACAAGUGAGUUAUAUGUUCACUAAAACAGUAUGCCUCUAACAAUGUAU